AUGGAUAGAGCAUAUACCCUCUCCGAAGUAGCGCAGUGGCCGAAGGCGAAUUAUGUCAACCCAGAAGGUUUCGCAAUUGCCGACUCGCUCUCCCACUUCAAAACUCUCAAAUAUGGUUGGGGAAGGCACAUGUGGGACAUCGACUGGCGGAAUGCGCAGGAUAUUCUAUUCUGGCAGUGGGUUAAUGGUUGGGCGUUCUCAUUCAGUGUCAUGUUCACCAAAGUCUCGAUUCUCUGCUUUUACCUGCGUGUCGCAAGCGAGAAAGGAUUUAGGUGGGCUAUCUACAUCGUCCUGGCUUUUUUCUUAGCAUGGAGUUUAGGCCUAGCGAUUCCGAUGAUCUUUCAGUGCCAACCAGUGCAAUCAACAUGGCAGCUGUUAGGGCAAGGUAUUUCGAAAAGAUCUUGUAUUCCUUACGAGUCCUUCAAACACUUGAAUAUGGCACAGGGAGGGCUGAACUUGAUGAGCGACAUAAUUCUAUUUUUCUUGCCAUUAACAACAGUUAUAGCAAUGAAAAGGCCAAUGAAGGAAAGGGCGGCAUUGAUCGGGCUGUUUUCUCUCGGUUUACUUGUCUGUAUAUUCGCAGGUCUGAGACUAAAGGCUUUGCACAAAACAUUUGAAGGCGAUCAUACUUGGUAUGGCUAUGAACUCUGGCUUUGGGUUAGUCUCGAAGUCCAUAUCGGUAUCAUAAUUGCGAGCCUGCCCGGAAUUAGACUAUCGUUUAUUAUGCUAUUCCGCCAAGUUCCCCUCUUCACAGCUCAUGAUCAAGUCGAAAGCACACUAUUCUCCAAUCCGGAUUUGAAAUUGACGGCAAACCCUCUAGCGACUUCGAAUGGCCGCUACUUCGACGAUAACACGACUAUUACCACAAUAUCAGCGAUCGACCGAAGUGGUAGCGGCUCAGGGGCUCACGGAAACGGCAUGCUCAAACAUAGCCCAUCGCUUCUACAGCGUCUGAAACUGGCUGGAGGUGGACAUAGGUCGAAUAAAUCAAUAACCGAUGAAAAGGAUUUCGAUUUUAAUUCACAGAUCGGAAGGUCUAGAAGUGCGACUUUGCAAUCCACACUAGGUGCUGGGGAUGACUUUGAAGAAAUUGCAGUGCCACCACCGACAUUUGGGGGGUUUUUGGUAUACAAGAGUACUGAGAUCACAGUUACAAGUGAACCUGCGUAUGGGUCGCAUGGAAAUGGGGGGCCAGGGAGUUCUCUGGCUCAAGAUUCUCCACGUGAAAAGGAGUUUUUGUGA